AACAAACGGGUUCCGGGAACAGCUCUACAGGUUAAGUGGUGACUACAAAUUGUGUGUGUUUGAGGGGGGGCUGUGUGUUUGCAGCCAUGCGAUGGACGGAUGAACUCCUUUGAGUUGGUUCGGCCUUUUCUGUGACUCUAAACAGGAAUAAGCAGGUUUACAAAAUGGACGUUUGAUCAAAUUGGAGUUGGGGACAAUCUGUUACCGAGACAAAAAAAAAUGCUUUACAAGUGUUUGUUUAAAAACUGGACAGUAAAAUGUGUUUUUUAAUCAUUCGCUAGUUGUCACAGCCCAACACACCAGCUUUAUUGUAUUUUCUUAUCAGGUUUGCCCUCAUAUGUCUCUUAAUGUUUGUGAGGUGACUUCAUGUUGAUCUUUUGUUAUUAUUCUGCUUUUCAAAAAAAAGUAAAGCUUAAUUGGAUUUAGUUUCCACUUUUGCUCCAUACAAAAACAUUUUUUCUAUUAUUUCUACAUUGAACUAAACACACAUCUACAUUUAAAAAAAUCAUUAAACAAGUUUUUUUUAGAUCAAUAUAGUUAUAAGAGUGUUGGAACAAACCAUUUAAACUUGAAUUUAAAUGUGGCGUUUAAUCAAAAUGCAGUUGUAGGUUUGGAGAACUACAAAAGCCAAAUUUCAUCUGCAUAUACAUGGUUGAGGUCUUACAGAUUGUUUCCUAAUGCAAGAAAAUUAUGAAAAAUAAAUAAAUGCAGUCCUUUUUCAUGUCUCAAACCGAACGGCUAUAAGUUACUUUUUAUAGUAGUUUUUUUUUUUUAUUCAGAUUUUUUUCCCUCCAAAGGAAAAAAUGAAAAACCCAUCAUGCUGUUUCUCUGAGGAAGAUGGUUUCAGCCAAUCGUUGAGGAGAGGGAGGGAGGAGGAGCAGAAAGGAGGAAGAGCUGGGUGGGGGGUGGGGGUAACUGCCUAUGGUUUUUCAGCACCGUGGACAGCUCCCGUCACUUGGAUCGGAACGCAGGCGCGGUAGCGACCCUUUACCGCAGCUGGAUCUGUUUGAAAACCGACCGGGAUCUGACCACUCAUCAACCACGCGCCAAACCUUAACUAAAGACCCCCUUCCCCCGCCCCCACCCUGGCCCCUUGUCGGUAGUUUGGCGGUGAGUGAGGAUACCAGCUUCCUGACUACUCUGCUGCUGCUGCCUCUGCGGCUGCUGGGUCUUCUUCCUCCUCCUGUCCCUGGCGACCACAACCACUGCUGGAGAAGACUUCUUUCGGAGGGCGGGGGAGGGGGGAGGAUUUUUCCCGCUGGAAGUUUACCUUCUUUUUUUUUCUUUCUUUUUACUUUUUCCUACACUUCUGGACCCAUCCGCUUCCUGUCCGUGGACUCUGUUGAGAUGCGGGGUUGGUUUCCGGGCUCGGGAGAUGCUGCUGCCGCAGAAAGCAAACGGAAAUGAAGUUGAGUAGUUUCAAGACCGACAGACCUGCAUCUGCAGCAUCAGCGUGCGCAGGACUCCUUCAACUCCCUCUGCUCGCCAUGAGUCUCAUCUGUGACUGCUCUGUUCUCCCCCCAGAAUAAAAUACUUUCAACUCUGCUUUUGCAAAAAAAAAAAAAAAAAAAAAAAAAAAAACAAUAGAAAAAACAAUCAGCAUCUUUCUGUUAAGCAGCGUGGGAAAACAAAGACAGCAGUCUUUCCCUCGGGGGAAAAAAUAGACCGAGCGACAAGAUGAAGAAGUUUCGGAAGGUGCUGGACGGCCUGACCACAUCCUCUCCAGGCGGGACUAUAGGGACCCCAUCGGGCGGCAGCGCGGCCGGGACCCCCACCGCGGCGCCAACCCCCAAAGAAAUCGACGUACAGGAGACGCUAAUAUCAGAAAACUUUCAGCUGUGCAAGACUGUACGUCAUGGCUUCCCUUACCAGCCCACAGCUUUGGCCUUUGACCCGGUGCAGAAGAUCUUGGCCAUCGGUUCGAGAUCAGGCGGUGUACGAAUACUGGGCCGACCUGGUGUGGACUGUUACUGUCAGCACGAGAGCGGCGCCGCUGUCCUUCAGCUUCAGUUCCUCAUCAAUGAGGGAGCUCUGGUUACAGCAUGCGCAGAUGAUACGCUACACUUAUGGAAUCUGCGUCAGAGGCGGCCCGCUGUUCUGCAUUCCCUCAAAUUCAACAGAGAGAGGAUCACAUUUUGCCACCUGCCAUUUCAAAGUAAGUGGCUCUACGUGGGGACAGAGCGUGGCAACACACACAUUGUCAACAUAGAGUCCUUUGUUCUCUCUGGAUAUGUCAUCAUGUGGAACAAGGCCAUUGAACUAUCAACUAAAACACACCCAGGACCCGUGGUUCACCUGAGCGACAGCCCAAAGGAUGAAGGCAAGCUGUUAAUAGGCUUUGAAAGUGGGACUGUGGUCCAGUGGGACCUCCGGGCCAAGAAGGCAGACUUCCGAAUCUACUACGAUGAGGCCAUCCAUUCAGUCAGCUGGCACCAUGAGGGGAAGACGUUCAUGUGCAGUCACUCAGACGGCAGCUUGACGCUGUGGAACCUCAGAAACACCACCAAACCUUUCCAGGUCACCUUCCCUCACGGAAAGAUACAAAAAGAUGGAAGAAAGGAGUCGUGUAAACCCAUUCUUAAGGUGGAGUACAAGACCUCCAGGAGCAGCGAACCAUUUGUUAUCUUCUCUGGGGGUCUCUCCUAUGACAAAGCGGGACGACGACCCACAUUAACCAUCAUGCACGGUAAAGCCAUCACUGUUCUGGAGAUGGACUAUCCCAUCGUGGAGUUCAUGGUUCUAUGUGAAACUCCAUACAUCAAUGAGGUCCAGGAUCCGUAUGCAGUGGUGGUCCUACUGGAGAAGGACUUGAUCGUAGUGGAUCUGACGCAGAGCAACUUCCCUGUCUUUGAAAACCCUUAUCCCAUGGACGUCCAUGAGUCUCCAGUUACCUGCACAGCCUAUUUUGCAGAUUGCCCACCAGAUAUUAUACCCAUUCUGUACUCUAUAGGAGCCAAACACAAAAAGACCGGCUACAGCCAAAAGGAGUGGCCGGUCAGUGGAGGAUCAUGGACAUUAGGAUCCCACACCUAUCCUGAGAUCAUCAUUACAGGACAUGCUGAUGGAUCCGUGAAGUUUUGGGACGCAUCUGCAUUCACGCUGCAGAUGUUGUACAAGCUGAAGACCUCCAAAGUGUUUGAGAAGCCGAAGCCCGGUGAGGGCCGGGCUGCCGAGUUGGGGGAGGAAGACCCCUUCGCUGUUCAGAUGGUCAGCUGGUGCCCUCAAAGCCGCAUCUUCUGUGUGGUUGGCAUCUCAGCGCACAUCAUUCUGUACCGCUUCAGCAAAUAUGAUUCCAACACUCAGAUAGUGUCACUAGAGGUCCGCUUGCAGUGCGAUUCAGAAGACAUCAUCACUCCGUCAGAAAAUGAAAACAAUCCCUGCUUCUCAGAGCCGGGCCCCCACUCACCCCAGCCCCACCAUCAACACCCAGCUAGUCCUGGUAGCAGGACCCCCGAGGGUGCCAAAGACAGCAUCCCCUGCCUCAAGGUGAAGGACCGAGUCGUCCGAGUCCCUCCUGGCUACCAGUCGGAGCUGGUCAUCCAGCUGCUGUGGGUGGAUGGAGAACCUCCUCCACAGAUCACGAGCGUGGACAUCAACUCUGCAUACGGCCUCUUGGCGUUUGGGAACUGCAAUGGUCUGGCAGUGGUGGACUACUUGCAGAAGACAGUGCUGUUGUGUAUCUCCACACUGGAUCUAUACGGGGCCACCGAUCCCUACCAACGCCUUACCCGUUCCCCGCGCAGGAACAGGCAGUCCACCUCAGAGUUUUGCAUGCGCGGCCUGUCUAACUUUUAUUCAGAUUCAAAGAAAAGGAUCCGUACAUCCUAUCAGAGCCUUACUGAACUCACUGACAACCAGCAGUCUACCGACAUGGACAGAAGCAAGUCGCCCACUUCAGUUCAUUAUCCAACAUCUCUCCACAAUGACCCCCGCGUGCUGCCAGAGCCUGUGGCCAGUCUGAGAGCCAGCCACUGCAGUCCAGUCUUUUACUUACUGGACAAUGUAAAGGGACCCGGCAGAAAAUUAAGUCUGCCCACAGAUCUUAAGACUGAUCUUGAUCAUGUCAAUGGACAUUGCACUAGCCCCACCUCCCAGCCCUGCUCCGCGGGAAAGCCUCGCAUUCCGAUGGGUCCUGAGGGGCCAAGGCUUACCCGCAGAGGCCCCGGCCGACCGCCCUUCCGCAAGGCCCAGUCUGCUGCUUGCAUGGAGAUCUCUUUGCCUGUGUCCCACACUGAAGGGCAUGCAUCCAGGAGGGCAAUGCUUCAGCAGUUACAUGGCGUCACUAUGUACUCGCACGAUGAGCACCACACCACCACCACCUCCUACUGCUGGAAUGAGAGAGAGAGUCGCGAAAACUCCUUCAGCCGCUCUCGCAGUUCCAGCGUGUCGAGCAUCGACAGGGACACCAAAGAGGCCGUCACCACUUUGCAGUUCGGAGAGUCCUAUGGACGCAAGAACGACGUACUGCCCGGUCCGUGUCUGUGGGUGGGCACCAGCUUAGGUGUGGUCCUGCUCAUCCCAAUGUCCAUUCCAAUCGACCAUGAAGAGAGGAUGGAGGACUCCGUCACUGUAGGCCCCAGUGGAGCAGUCCAAAUGCUGAAGGGUUCUGUGUUGCGCUUUGCAUUCUUGGACUGCUCUGGAGCCCUCAUUCAGUGCCCCUAUGAGGUGUGGCGGGACCAGAACGCUCCAGAGGACUCUGAUCGACCGCGGAGGCGCAAACUGGUCCACUUUUCCCCCUCGUCCUCCCAAGAUGCCUGCGGAGAGGGACACUUGACUGUGGUGUGCUCCGAGAGGCAGGCCAAAGUGUUCUUGAUGCCCUCGCAGUCUUGCCUCUUCGUGCACAACAUCACAGAGUCGUCGUUUGUCCUGCGAGCUGACGUGGUGUCUGUGUGCAACAGCGUGUGCCUGGCCUGUUUUUGUGCCAACGGGCACGUCAUGAUGCUCAGUUUGCCCAGCUUAAGACCACUGAUGGAUGUCAAUUACCUGCCUCUGACAGACAUGCGCAUUGCAAGAACCUUUUAUUUUACCAAUGGGGGGCAGGCCCUAUACCUCAGCUCCCCGACAGAGAUUCAGAGAAUUACCUACACCCAGGAGAUGUGUGACAACCUGCAGGAAAUGCUGGGAGAACUAUUCACUCCAAUAGAAACACCAGAGGCCCAGAACAGAGGAUUUUUAAAGGGUUUCUUUGGAGGAAACCCUCAAACCUUUGACAGAGAAGAGUUGUUCGGGGAAGCAGCUGCUGGGAAAGCUUCCCGGAGUCUGGCGCAGCACAUUCCUGGUCAGGGAGGGUUGGAGGGAAUGAAAGUGGCAGCAGGUGGAGCAGUGGGUGAGCUGGCUCGCGCCCGCAUCGCCUUGGAUGAGAGAGGUCAGAGGCUGGGAGAGCUGGAGGAGCGCACCGCCCUGAUGAUGACCAGUGCAGAAACGUUCUCCAAACACGCUCACGAGAUGAUGCUGAAAUGCAAGGACAAGAAAUGGUACCAGUUCUGAGAGCAGGAUGGAGGAUCAAGGCUGCCUUGGGUCUGCUUGGAAUGUGUUGCUGCAACAGAACUUUCAUUUUUAGAAAUAUGAAAUCAGUUGGAUGAAACGUGAGUGACUGUCUUCUGGGGCCCGGCUGCGUUUUCAGCGAUGUUGCUAAAUGGCGAGGAAGGGCCGGUUCCUCAUCUGAGAGAGAGAGAGAGAGAGUGAUGGUGGAGUAGGAAGGUCUGAGGACUAACCUGGAAUUAUUCAACAUGUCUGUGUGUGCGCGCACGCGUGCGUGUGUGUGUGUGUGUGUGUGUGUGAGCGUCUACUGACGUGGUUGAGUUUUCUGGACCUUACAGUGUAGAUGCUCAAAGUUAAGAAACCAACAAGAAAUGCAUGAAACAACAAUGGAUGAGUAUUAAAAAUAUACAACUGCCAUAUUAAAAAGCAGCAUGCUAUUUUAAGUGAUCAAUAUUAAAAAUGUUUUAUUUAUAAUGUAAGCCAAUGAAAGGAAACUAUGAAAAACUUUAUAUUUUUUGAAAUACUGGCAAAAAUUAUAUAUAUAAAAAGGGAAAUGUAUACCUGCAUCGCUAUUAAGCCAAAUCUUGUUACUUUCCCUUUUGUUUUUAUUUAUUUUUUUGGUGGAUUUGAUUGUUUUCCUACUCAGAAAAUAUUAGUUGACACAAUAUAAACGAGCAUACGUAACUAUUUACACACACCUAUACAAAUAUAGUACAACUUUGUUCUUACUUUAACUGCUUCACAGUACAAAUAUGACUCAGUAGUAUUACCACCUAACUCUGCAUACUCUAAUCACACUGAGCUACUUUUUUCUUUCUUUCUCAGCUGCUGCUAAUUAACAAAAGGCGUUAAAGGGGGAUGAGGGAUACUCCAAAAGAAAGUAUGAAAACAGAGAUGGGUGUGAGAAAAACGUUAUCUUUGUAAAAUCUGCAUAAAAUUCAGCUAUCAUCAAAAAAACAAAAAGGUUGGAAGAAUCCAUUCACAACAGAGAUACGAUGACACAUUUCAGUCGGCCACAGACUGAAUCUGAGUUCAAAAGAACUUAGGAUGGGAUGGACGGCUGCGUAAGCCAUUAGGUUCUGUGUUUGUGCAAACUCAGUCCCUCUCUGCCAAACAUUGAAAGGGAAGGACAUCUACCUGCUUCUCUCCACCUCAGUCUCACGGUUUGAACUCAACGGUCAUCUUCUUUUGAGGACCUGCAUGAUCAAACCUCUAGUGAGUUCAUGCCAACCAAUCGUGUUUCUUUAGGUGAUGUUAAGUCAGUGAGGAAAACCUGUAAGACACUGGCAGUAAUUUCAAAUGAAAGCCAAAACCUGUGUUUUUCUUUUCUAUCGUUCUUUCUGACUAUGAUAUUCUUGUGUCGCAGUCCUAUAUUUGAUGGUUCUGGCCUCGUUAACUAAAGGCAUAUGUAGUUUAUGAACAACUAAUGUUUCAUGAUACAUGGUUGUAUAUCAAAUUGUGAUAGUGUUGUUCGUCACUGGGUAGCCACGCGACAGACAAGCCACAUCAAGUGAGGAGGAUAUUUCGUACUCGUGUACUUGUCCGUAUCUUGAACUGAUCUUAAAAUAAAAAACAGUUAAAAAAAUCCAACAGAAAAUCUAUUGUUCCCAUCUCACAUAGGAGACAUAAGAAUCAUCGCAGAUCUGACAAAGAAACACACUCCCAUCUACAAAGUGCAAAACAAAAUCCAUUUGUAAAGCUAAAAAAGAAAUAAAGGAAUAAAACAUGGAAUCAGUCAUUUCUGCUUGCUCUGCUGAGACGUUCCUUAGACUUUAAUGGCCUUCAAACUCAUGCUCUUCAGCUCAGCUGAGCUCAGACUUCUAGAGUUGCACAUGACCAAACACGUGUCUUAAACAUGGCAGAAUCAUACUCAUACAUUUCUCUCCUAUCUCUGUACCGUCAAUGAGAUUUGUGUUCAGUGGAGUUCUUUCAGUGGCAACGAAAACACACAAAAAAAAAAAGAAAUUAAAAAAAUAAAACCCUAAAAAAAAACGUUCUGACUUCUGCUGACAGGGUGUUUUGUUAGUACGAUUUUGGUUUAUAUGUUUUUUUCUGUUUUGUUUGUUUUUAUAUUAACUGUACAGUUGAACUUUGGGUGAAACAAAAUAAUAAUAAUAUUUUCUGUAUAUGUGUUAUCUGUUCAUGGUUUUUCUGGCUUUGUCUAAAACACUGGAACUAUGUAGUUCUUCACACUGUAGUCUGCUGAAAAGGCAUCCAUUUGGUUUUCUUAAUGAUGGCAGCCAAGUUUGUCUUAUUUUCUUGGAUUCUACCACUUUUUGUUCAUAUCAAUAUAUACUAGUGUAAUAGACAUUACUUGAGAAAAAAAAAGGUCUGAAAAUAUGUUGAUGCAAAAACAUACUGAAAUAAACAUUGAUUGAUGUACACAGCUGA